AUGGGACACUACGUCACGCUUGCCACUUGCAAUCUCAAUCAAUGGGCUCUUGACUUCGAGGGAAACAGAGACAGGAUCAUUGCCAGCAUCAUUGAAGCCAAAAAGCAAGGCGCAAAACUCAGAGUUGGCCCUGAACUUGAGGUUUGCGGGUACGGUUGUUUGGACCACUUUGACGAGAAUGACUUGUAUGAGCACAGUUGGGAUGUAUACGCCGAGAUCUUGUCAAACCCGGAAACGCAUGGAAUCUUGCUCGACAUAGGUAUUGCUAUAAUCCACAAGUCAAUAAAGUACAAUUGCCGCAUCAUCUCCUACAACGGCAAAAUUCUUCUCAUUAGACCAAAAUUGUUUCUCGCAAACAAUGGAAAUUACAGGGAGAUGAGGUACUUUACUCCUUGGAAUAGGCCAAAAUACUAUGAGGAGCACUAUCUUCCGCGCAGCAUUGCGAAAGCAACUGGCCAGUCGAAGGUCAUUUUUGGCGAUUGUGUGAUUGAGACUAUGGACACAAAGUUAGGCUGCGAGACCUGCGAAGAGCUAUUCACACCGCAAUCACCACACAUUGCAAUGAGCUUGGAUGGGGUUGAGAUAUUUACAAACUCCAGUGGGUCACACCACGAAUUGAGAAAGUUGGAUACCAGGUUGCAUUUAAUCACCAACGCAACGAAAAAAUGUGGUGGGGUGUACUUGUAUGCAAAUCAAAGAGGGUGCGAUGGUGACAGAUUAUACUACGAUGGAUGCGCAUGUAUUGUAGUGAACGGUCAGUUGCUAGCUCAGGCGUCACAAUUUUCACUAAACGAUGUCGAAGUCAUUAGUGCAACCAUAGAUCUCGAUGAUGUUCGCUCGUACAGAAAUCAGAAAUCAGCAGGAAUGCAAGCAGUGGACCAGGAGAAACCAUACAAAACCAUUUACGCUGACUUGGAGCUAUCGCCUAGUGAUUAUGUUUACGACCCCGACGUUGCACCCACUCGCCCACAAAAGAUCAAGUACCAUUCACCGGAGGAAGAGAUUGCGUACGGACCUGCUUGCUGGCUCUGGGACUACUUGAGAAGAUCAAAGUGUGGUGGCUAUUUCCUUCCAUUGAGUGGAGGAAUCGAUUCGUGCGCAACAGCAGUGAUUGUACAUCUGAUGUGUAGAUUGGCGGUGCAGUCAAACAACGAGCAAGUGUUGGCGGACGUUAGAAGUCUAACCCGCGAUGCCAACUUCACCCCAAAAACCCCACAGGAGUUGGCUAAAAAGAUAUUUUGCACCUCGUUCAUGGGAACGGAAAACUCAUCAAACGACACUAGAUCUAGAGCCAAAGACUUAGCUGAAAAAAUUGGAUCAUAUCAUGUGGACUUGAACAUGGACAAUCUUGUAUCAGCCGUUGUUUCGUUGUUUGAAGUUGCCACCGGUAAAAAACCGAUGUUUAAAAUAUUUGGCGGUUCACAAACGGAAAAUUUGGCGUUGCAAAAUAUACAAGCAAGGUUGCGUAUGGUGUUGAGUUAUUUGUUUGCGCAGUUGUUACCAUGGACCCGUGGACUCCCCGUGCCUGGGUUAUUGGUGUUGGGGAGCGCCAAUGUUGAUGAAUGCCUCCGUGGAUACUUGACUAAAUACGACUGCUCAUCUGCCGAUGUCAACCCCAUUGGAGGUAUCUCCAAAACGGACUUGAAGAGGUUCAUCUCCUGGGCUGAAAAAAGGUUUGAUUUGCCAAUCUUGCAUGACUUUAUCACUGCUACCCCUACUGCCGAACUAGAGCCAAUUACAAAGGAUUAUGUUCAAAGCGAUGAAGUCGACAUGGGAAUGACGUAUGACGAACUUUCACGAUUUGGUACAUUGAGAAAGGUCGACAAGUGUGGGCCAUUGGCCAUGUUCAUUAAGUUAUACCACGAAUGGUCUCAGCCACCGCACAACUUGACCGCCGAGCAAGUGGCAGAAAAGGUUAAAAGGUUCUGGUUCUUCUAUGCCGUUAACAGGCACAAGAUGACAACCAUGACUCCUGCUUACCACGCGGAACAGUAUUCGCCCGACGAUAACAGAUUUGACCUAAGGCCGUUCCUUAUCAAUCCAAGGUUCCCCUACGCAAGUAAAAAGAUUGAUGAGGUUGUUGAGCAGAUCAACAAGAGACGAGAAGAGGUUCAACGUAGCAAUGUUAGCGUGGAUUAA